CACUAGCCAAUAUCGUGGAAACGGCCCGUUCACGCCGUCGACCUCAGGCUUCUCAGCUUCGGCUCCAGGGAAUGAUAGGAUUGUUAUGGCACCCGCGCAUAGUCCACAAUUGCGGCAUGGAAGUCAAGUUUUGUUUGGCCUGUAGUCUGUUUUCUGUUUCCGAACUUUCGAAGCGUCCCGUGUACCACCCACCAUAGCGUCUGUAUAAAAGGCCCGUAAGCCUUCUACGCAGAGCCUCACCAUACCACUCAGGAGCGGCAACAUUAACGCCACACUCAACCCAUUAUCUUGCCGAAAGAGAAUUGUCAUCGACUCGCAACCUCACCUCACUCACAUCAAUAUGUCGCCUCCAGUCGCCACUAGCCCCGUCCCAGCCCAAAGGGCUCAGGCCGACGGGGUGGCUCUCAAAGCACGUCCCAUCGCCAUCCCGCCGCUCACAAAGUUGACUCCUGAGCUUGAACAGCAGGUCAAAGACCGAAACACAAAGACUCUCAACUACCUCAUCAAUACCAACUCCAUCACCCGCUACUUCAGCACCGCCGACAAGCUCGCUCCCCUGCGCGCCGCUCUGAAUACCACCGCCCAACCCACCGACAACAUCUACGAAACUUUCCGUGCCUCAGUUUCCCUCAGCACCUACAAGGACUACGAGCCCUACAUCCGCCGUUUCCUCGCCUCGAAACCUCUCAACAAAGCUGAUGUUGAAGACAUGUUCGCCCCGGGUCUUCCCUUCUUCAUCGCCCACUCGUCCGCUACCUCCGGCAAGACCGCCAAACUGUUCCCCAAGUACCGCCACCCGGCGGAAGUGAGCGCGGGGUCCGCGGGUGUGAUGGGCGCGUCGAACCCGGAGUUGGCGCCGGGGAAGAAGAGUUUGGUGAUGUAUACGAUGCGGCACAGGGAGGUCGUGACGGUUGUGGAUGCGGAUGGGGAGAAGGUGAAGAGUAUUCCGGUUUGUUUGAUGUCGACGGGUAGUAUUCGGAUGGCGUUGGAUAUGGAGUUGGAUACGGAUUCGUAUCGGAUGCAAUACAAGGUACCGACGCAAACAUCUCCCAUGGCUAUCUGCUGGGUCGCCGACUACAAAGCGAACCUGGUCCUGCACGCCUUCUUUGCUCUCUGCGACAAGGAGCUAGCGUUUGGCUCGUUCGUAUUCAGCACCAUCCUCCUUGACUUUUGCAGAGCGAUGCAGGAAAACUGGGUUAUGUUGGUCGACUGUGUCGAGAAGGGUGUACUCCCUCCCGUGGACGGGUAUGAGGAAGUCAGGGAACAACUAGAGCGCCACGUUUCACCACACCCCGACCGCGCCGCCGAGCUCCGCUCCUUCACAUCCUCCCUCAACGACCAAGGCAUCCUCAAACGCAUCUGGCCCGACCUGGACUCGGUGGUCGCCAUCAGCUCCGGCAUCUUCUUUGCGGCCUACCCCUCCGUUCGGCACCUGCUCGGCCCCGACGUGCUCGUCCGCUCGUUGGGCAUCACAUCGUCGGAGUCGCUCUUUGGGAGGGUGUAUGAUGUGCAGGAUAUGAACUUGUUUGAGAUCAUUAGCGGGGAUGAGGUUAUUGAGUUUCUACCCGCGGAUGAGGAGGAUGAAGCUGAGGAAGGGGAGUUGGUGCCUGUUGCGCCGUGGGAGGUACAGGUAGGCAAGCAGUACGAGAUCAUCCCGACCACCCGCGACGGGCUGUGGAGGUACCGCAUGUCGGACGUUGUGCAGGUGGUUGGGUUCCACCCCACCAGUGGCCAGCCGGUGGUGCGAUUCCGUCAGCGACGCAACGUCGCCAUCCGUCUCGCCAACGAAUACACCACCGAAGACGAACUCACGCAAGCCGCCGCCGCCGCGUGCAAGGUGCUUGGCAUCGCGUCGGAAUUCACCGUGCUGCCUGAAAACGAGCACAUGCCGCCUUCGUAUGGAUUUGUCCUGGAACUCGGAUACGGGAUGAGCGCUGACCCCCUCAUUCCCCUCGGCCCCGCCGCCCGCCAAGCAAUCCAGUCCCAAAUUUGCUCUGCCAACGACAACUACAAGCGCGAGCUCGCCUCCGGCAAGCUGGGCCUCCCCACCAUCCGCCUGCUCGCUCCCGGUACGUUCCGCGAUUACCGCGACAUCAAGGUCCGUGAGUCUAAGAGCGGGUGGGGACAGAUCAAGAUUCCGGCUGCGGUGUAUGAUGAGCGCACGAAGGAAUUUUUGUUGGAGCGGGUUGUGGCGGAGUUGUAGAGUUGUGAUCUCAAAACCGUAGUCCCAUCCGUCCUGGUGUUCAGGGGGAGUGGGGGUGAGGCCCCGUUCGCUGUUCGGGUGCACUUUCUCUCAUUUGCACGUGUGGUGCUUUGUCGGCGUAUUUUCUUUCUUUUUGCAUGUCAUCAGAAUACAUACUCAUACCAACGUAUCAAAACCAAAUGCGGAAAAACACUCCUUGAAGGACAUGGGAGUUU